CGGUUCGUGGCCUUGAAUUUUACACUUAUUUAUUUGCUGAUUGGGGGCGCCGCGCACAAAGCGUGCGCACAAAGUCUAUCAUCGUUUUCGGCUUGCGAACGCUUGAAGAGCGAGUCCCGCGUCGCCAACGGCUUCUUGCAUGCGCAUAAUGACUCUUUACUCAGUCUAGGAUACUUGUAUCACCAGCUUUCCGACUUGAGCGCAGCUGACAUUCCGCAAUUCACGGCACACCGGCGACAGCAACCCACAGAAAUGUCCCAGGCCUCGCUCUCGGCCCUCGAGGCCCAGAUGGCCGAGGUGUACGCCAAAAUUGCGCAGGAGCACGGCCUGGCGACGGCUAUGCAGGCUCUGGGACGCCUGAUGAUCUCAGCCCCAAGUGUGGCCCCGCCCACCGCCGCCACGACGGUGCCCACGCCAGCCUCCGCCGCGGCGUCCACGCCCGCCGCCGAUGCUACAGCCGCCGUCGGCUCCGCGGUGCAGCCUCACGGCGCCACAAGCCCCUUCAGCGCCACCACCUCCUCCGUCCCGGGAGCAACCACGUCCGCGCCUGCUGCGCCGGCCGCCACACCUAAGACUAUUCCUAAACCCGGCGGCGGCGGCGGUGCCGGCGCCAUAGGUGCCGGCGGCGCCCAGUCGGACACCUCGCCACCCAGCGAAGGCGCGACCCAGCCGUCUCCGUCGCCGUCCCCGGCUGGCGCCAACGGUCUGGCGCACGCGCGCACACUGGAGUCAGUGCACACGGUGCCGUCCGCCACGCUGUCGCAGAUGCCCUCCGGCAUCAUGUCUCUGGUCAGCCCCUCCGCAGCCGCCAGCGUGGCCGAUGCCGACGAGGAGACCAGCCCCUCGCAAAAGAUCAGCGGCAGCGACCCGGACGCAGUGGAGGCGGCGGCAGCAGCAGCCGUGACCUUGGGCACGGCAGGCGCGGCGGCGGCGGUGGCGGCGGCGGCAGCUCCUGCUGCAGCGCCGGCGGCGCAGGCGGUGGCGCCAGGAGCUGUGGGCGCCCAGGGCCUCACAGCGAGACUGGCGGCAGCGGCGGCGGCUGGUGCGUCUGGGGGCGUGGCGCCGAUGGACGUGCCGCGUGCGGCGGCGGCGGCGGUGGCGGCGGUGGCGGCUGCCAAGGCGGAGGCGGUGGCGGCCGCGGAGGCGCGCGGCGAGGGUGAGCCGGAGUCGCCCAAGAGCAACAUCAGCGGCAGCGUUCGGACCGGGUUCGGCACCCCCCGCAGCGGCUCGCUGUGGCAGCGCGCCGUGAACCUGAGCAAGGGCGUGUCGGACCCGUGGGCCGGCCGCAACCUGCACACGCUGCCCAUGGAGCGCGCGGUGCGGCAGCGCUACAACGCCAUGAACGGCACGUGGGUCACGGACGAGGUGCUUGUGAAGAUGGAGGGCAAGCCCUUCGCCGCGGGCGCCAUGCGUGAGUGCUUCGCCGCAAAGAAGCUGAGCACCUUCACACACAACGUGGACUGGCACAAGGCGCAGAACAUGGUGGCCAAGCGCUACAAGAAGGAGGGCGUGCGCAAGAGCGUCUACUACAACGACGUGCUCGUGCAGAUGGACGCCAAAAUGCUGGGCGAGUGCUACAACCGCACCGACCCGCCCAAGCAGGUGGACGUCAUGCAGUGCGCCAUCCUGCACUUCGCCGGCCGGCCCGGCGGGCCGCUGUACGCGGUGGAGCAGCUGAUCGAGGGCGACUACGUCAAGUACAACAGCAACAGCGGCUUCGUCAAGGGGGACGACGUGCUGAGGAACACGCCGCAGGCGUUCAGCCACUUCACGUGGGUGCUCACCCGCGGCCUGAAGAUCUGUGUGGACAUCCAAGGCGUGGGCGACCUGUACACGGACCCCCAGCUGCACACGCUGGACGGCGAGGGCUACGGCGAGGGCAACCUGGGCCUGCGCGGCAUGGCGCUGUUCUUCCGCAGCCACGAGUGCAACGCGCUGUGCUGCAGGCUGGGGCUCAAGCCGCUGGACAGGUGUGACGCGGACGUGCGCGCCCAGGGCUACAGCUCCACCCCCGCCUCCGCCAGCGCGUCCACCCCCGCGCCUGCCACCGCCGCCCGCACCAUGGCGCGGUCCAGCAGCUACCGGAAGCGCAUGGCUGCUGCCAAGAAGAAGCGGCAGCAGCAGCCCGAGGCGGCGUGUGCGGAGGAGGCGUGUCUGGCGGCUCUGAAGGAGGUCCCCAGGGAGACGCCCGAGUCCCUGGUCCACCUGGAGAUCGCCAAGCUGUACGGCGAGGUGGUGCUCCUGCCCGACCUCAGGCCCAACGAGGACCCAGACGACGCUCUGCGCGGCGGGCUGUUCCAUUUGAAUGCUGCGGCCCAGGGCGGCUGCGUGUUGGCGCUGCUGGUGCUGGCGCGAGCGCACUGCGGCAUUGACGCCACCGCGCCGCAGUUUGCGCAAGUGUUUAAGGUGGGCACCAAGCAGCGGCUGUUCCAGGCGCACGUGCGUGUGGCCUGGCGCUGCACGCUGCUGGCGGCAGAGCGGGGCGUGCGCGGCGCGGCGCUGGCGGCUGCGAGCGCCUACGCCUCCGGCAGCGGCCUGUUCGGGGAAGAGGUGCUGGACGGACUGGGGCAGCCGGCGCAGGCGGCGCGGUGGUAUGCGGCGGCCCUGGCGCUGCCCGACCUGCUGGCGGCGGCGGAGGCGGAGGAGGCGGCGGCGGAGGCGGGCGGCGGAGGCGACGAUGUCAUCCGCGAGGCCGAUGAGGAGGAGGAGGACGAUGAGGAGGACGCGGAGGACGGUAGCGAGCGGCGCAGUGGGAAGGCGGAGAGCGACGACGAGCCGCAGUUCGAGAUGUCGGUCAUGCGCGCUGCCAGCGACCGGGACAGCGAUGCAGGCAUGCUGCCCGACCUGCCCAUGCUGGGGUCCGCCGGCAGCACUGUGAACCUGUCCGCACUGCGGGUGCCCAAGAUCGAGGAGCUGCGGCCCAGCAAGGCCUUCCUGCACCGCUGCAAGCUGCAGGCGGAGGAGGAGGCGGCCGCGCUGCCGGGGGCCAGCGCCGCCAAGUACGAGAUCCUGUUCAGCUACGGCAGCCUGCUGCUGUCGGGCGGCGAGGGCCUGGCACCCGAUCCCGCCAAGGCGGCGGAGCUGCUGGAGGCCGCCGCCGAGGCCGCCAGCGAGGCCGGGAAAGGCAAGCUGGCGCAGCGCUACUACGAGCAGGCGGCCAAGGCGCAGGCGGCGUGCGAGGAGUGAGCGGACUGGGGUGCAGGGGGACUGGUGUGUGUCACGACUUGCACUAAGAGGUGCGCUUCACGGUACCCCAAGCCAGGACGUCAUAUAAUUUUCGCCCGAGAUCGUGACAGUUAAGUAUGCGCACAGGUGGGCACGGUGUGUACAGGCAUGCGGGGGCGCACUGCUACCAUGCGUUAGACAUUUUGGGAUUAUGCCGGGUGUUUGACUACAACAGUCAAACGGUGAUGGUUGGCAGCGCGGUUCAUCAGCACUUGCGCAUGGGCGAAGCGCAACGGCGGGGUCAUCACUAUCAGCAUACUUUGCAUGCACGGAAACAUACCGAACCUGGCAUCGCCCUCAUUGCGGAUGCUGGUGUGUGGCAGCGCUGUUGUCGUGAUUGCGUGCACCUUUGAGCGAGUUUGCAGAUUAUGGUCCCAGUUUAGGACUUCGGGAAGGUGCGAAACAAAGUUACGGCGCGGCAAGUGUGGAUGAUAGGAUUCAGUGGGGGCCGGGGCUCCAGCGGUGCAGGCGACCCGACGCUUGCGGACGCGGUCAAUGCUGUUUUGCAUGGUGCGUGGGAGUUGCGUGGUGCCCAGGCAUACAGGUCGUUUUUAGCCGGCUCGUGUGCGGCCACAGCCAGGCGGGCUCCCUCCUGUGGUGCGGGUCGUUCCUUGUGGUGACUGGGCAUUGCGUGGGAGCAGCAAUUGGAGCGGCAGCGGCAGAGCUACUCACUGACAAUGCGCACGCCAUGCGGCAUGUCCGCUCGGCGCGUAAUGAUCUGUAGGUGACGGAGCCUGGGGACGUCGGCAUUAGUGCAAUGCCGUAAGCGGGUUGUGCGUGUGGCAGACACUCGAGCUCUGGCGCUCUGUAUGUCUAGAAGAGGCGUCUUGGGUGCAGGCUGCCGGUGGACACUGGCUAUCAGGUUCUGUCACCGUAUACAAUCUUGAUACAGCAGGCUUGGCUAGGCGUGCCUACGGAACGUAAGCCCAAGACAGGCUGUGAAGACGACUCAAUACGAUGCAUUUUCAUGGUGCAGCGCCAGGACACCCCCUGCGCGGCGCAACUACAAAUCUACAAUCCAGGAGAUUAAGUAACA